AUGAGGCUAGGUACAGGUGUUAUAGGUGCCAUGUGGAUAAUAGACACAGUUUUCAGUCUAAGAGGAAGAGAGAAAUAUGUUUGUCUAAACUAUUCAGGUAGGAGAGAGAGGAACGUACCUCGAGAGGUAUUUGAGAGUAUAAUGAGAGGAGAGAAAAUUAUAGAACUCGAUAUUAGUAGAAACAACAUAGACAGGUUACCUCCAUACUUUGAAAAACUUUCGUUUGUAAAAGUCCUCGAUGCCAGCAACAACGAACUAAAAUACAUAUCAGACUCAAUACUAGGCUUGGCUUCACUAGAAAAACUAAACCUCAACAACAACAACCUCCUUUAUCUUCCUAAGGAAAUUACACUUCUGGAGCAUCUAGAGGAAUUAAGUGUCCGAAAUAAUCAGCUAAGAAUGUUACCCGAAGAAAUACACAAUAUGGAUAGCCUGGUUCGGUUAGAUCUUGGAAACAAUGAACUUGCAGCAUUACCUUUCGGAAUAGGUGCUCUAGACAAUCUAAGAAUACUCAAUCUCGAAGGAAAUUUAUUUAAUACGUUGCCUCUAAUACUUGGAUAUUUAGAGAACUUAGAGAAAAUUAUUUUCACUAAAAACAAAAGACUAAGAAAGAUUCCCAGGAAGUUAAUCGAAAUACUUGCAGAUAGCAAAAGUUUAGUUCUGCUAGAUUUGAGAGGAAAUAACCGUUUAAGAGAGGAAAGUAGUGGUGAUAAUGUUGGAUGGAAAGAGCUAAAAAAUAUUCUUGGGAACAAGGUAAAACUCUCACAAGAGGAAGAAAACUAA